UGAUGUGCUUAUCACCCCCAAGAGGUUAGCUAACCGGCGAACCUAGUGUUUUGGUACGCUUGAAAUGUUUUCCACCAAGAAGGCACGUACCGAGAGCUCAACCAAGGGACGAUUCCCGCUUAAAGACUGAUAAGACUUCGUACGCAACUCGACCAGCGGACAGCGGACAGCGGUAGUUCGUGUCUGCGAAGUUUGCCGGUCACAAACGGUCGCCACAGGUCUACAGGUGGAUUAGAGUGAAGUGACAAGCCACGCGAGAGUGCCCACGAUAUAUAAAACGAUAGAACCCGGUGAGGGUGCAUAGCAUUUCGUGUUAUUGACUUCCAGCGAGAAGUCACACACGCCCAAAAGUCGUCAGAAAGUUGUUGUCGCAAGUUUAAUACUCAGUGAGAUGCAUCGAUCCGUGAUUGUCGUUUUGUUGCUGUCGGCAACGAUCGCACUGUCGAUGGCUUCACCGAGGCGGAUCCAUACGGGAAGCGAAGUGGCCGCUCCCACACAGACGGCAACACCGACUGUACCAGAAGUUACAGCGGCACCGAAUGCUGAGGCGGAUGAUUCUACAACACCAGAACAAGAACUGCUAGCUAUUGGCGAAGCGGCCACUGACGACGAGGAGGAAGAAGAAGACGAGGAAGCUGUUGUGCCCGCCGCAGCCGAUAGGAAGAACGUAGUAGAGGCCGAGAAUGCCGCCAAAAAGGACGAACCUACGGUCGCAGAAGCUCAGGAACCGACCAAAACCAACGACGAUGUCCCUUUGGCAGCAGCCGAAGAGGUAGAGGUGGUGAAACCUUUGUCGUCGAACGCCAAGACAGCCGAUUACGCCGAAGAACCGCAGGCCGAGCAGUCAGCGCUGAAAGAAAUCGUUAACAUGCUGGCAGAAUGCUACAAAAAGGCGGCGUCCUUCGUGUCCUCUGCCGUUGAAACGGUAUCGCAUUAAGGAUGCGCGAGACGCACCGAGAGACUGAACGACUCCUGCUUCACGCAUCGGCGAAUCAAACAAAAGUAUACCUCAGUCAUUAGCUGUAAGAGUCUCUGUGUGUGAUGCUGCAGUGAA